AUGUCUAUGGGCGAUGCAGACACCGUUGUUUGCAUCAUCAAUAGUACGCUUCCGAAAUACCAGCCAAACAUCUUUCUGUGCAACUCGGGAUCCUCGUGUUGCACUCGACGUGGCAUUAUCGCAUGCUGCCAGAACGAUGUGUCGUUCAGUCAGGUGCUGAAGCAGUCGCUUCCAUUCCUGAUUUUGUGGCUCAUCAUCUUUGGAAUCGCCUACUUGGCUCACUUGUUCUUCGAGGACGAUGAGACUGGAAAGCCAAUCAAUAAGGAGAAGCCAUUGGAUGGAAAGUUGGAGCUUCUCCUCCCAAUCGAGAACGACUACACAGUCGAGGACCCGGUCUUCGGAAAGCUCUACGAGGACCAAGUUCCAAAACUGGCAACGAUUCCACGCAAGAGACGCUAG